AUUUAAUUUGAUUAUGGCAGCAUCUUUGCAUAUUUAGUUUUAUUUAGAUAAACUAAUGAAUAUUGAUAAAGAAUUAGGAGGAACAGCAGCAGCUUGUAUAAAAUAUUUAAAUUAUAAAAUAGAAAAAAAAGGUGGAGAUGAUUUUACUAGUUUAAAGGAUUCAAUCCAUACAUUAUUAUUUUAACUUAGAUCUAAAAUAGAAUAAAAAGCCAAAUAUGCUAAUGUUUAAAGAAAUGUUGAAACAAUAAAAUUAGAUGUUGAAAUAAAAGAUUUGGUUACAGAUGUUGAAAGUUUAUUAGAUAAGUUGAAUGAAGCUUUGAGAAAAUAAUCAAAAGAUAAAAAAGUAUAAAAAUUUCUAAUAAUUAGAAAUAUCCUGAAUAAAAUAUUUAAGCAAAACAAAAAAUAUAUUCAAAUUAUCGAUAAUAACUUUAUGAUUUACAAUAAUUGUUAGAUCCUAAUGCAAUAAUUGAUUAAUAAUAAACUAACAAUAGUGUAGAAACAGUAAGUGCUCUUAAGAUGAAAUUGAUGGAUUAAGAUGGUAGAAAACCUCCACCAUCAUAAUAAAUGACUUAAGAAGAAAAAGAUGCAAUGUAAAGAUGGAAAUAGAAUGAUGAAUAAAUGGAUAAAUAACUUGAUGUUCUUAUUGAUGGUACUUAACAAUGGAAAGAGAAUGCAUAGAAAAUUGGAUAAGUAAUAUUUUAAAUUGAUUAGUUAGAAAAUUGAUCAUACAACUAAUUAAAUAGAUAAGUUGACUGUUUAAGUUGAUAAAACUAAUGAAGAAUUAAAUAAAUAAAAUAAUUAGUUGAAGAAAAUUGUGGAAAAAUAUAGAUAACCAAAUAAGUUUUGCUUAGAUAUGGUUUUAAUAUUCAUCCUUAUUGGAUUAUGUGGUGUUAUUUAUGUAAUCUUAAGAUGAAUUUAAUCAAUACAUG